UUUUCCUAUUCACCCGAACCCUAAGUCCUUGAUCUACUUCGCCGCUUCUCGCAAAGGCGCGACAGUGCUUCUCUCAGUCGGCAUCGUGCACCGCUGCCGCCACCACCCAUCUCUCUCCUCCAUCUCCAUGGUCGGUGGUCCGCCUUGAGCGCGCAGGCCACAACUGUGUUUCUUCUUGGUUGACGCUCACGGACCGCCGUGUCGGGCAUCCUUUACCCCGUCUAUACAUCGACCGCCUUCCUUCCUUCUCCCUUGCUGUGCACAAUUGUUGCGGGCAAUAGUUGACCGACCCUUUGCAAUCGCCGCCGCCUCCAAUACCCAACUCCGUUGUGACCACUAGUCGCCGGCAGCUAUCCUUGACCUAGGGCCAUCGUCGGCCACCGUGAGCUAGCCUCUGCUGGAGUUGAAGCUGUCGGAGGAGGGGCCGAACAAUAAAGGGUGAUAUUAACUUGGGAUGCAGAGAUACCUGCCAAGAGUAUAGUGGUCAUAUGUAUUUUCCCUAUCCAUCUUCAUAAUCAUGCAGUCACAUCUCCCAUUCAGGUCUGGUGCAAUAUCAGAUUGAAUAAAUAUGCAAGAACGGUAUGCAUGUUUGGAUACUUUAAAAGGGGAUAAGGGCAAUAGCGUCAUUUCGAGUCAAAUCUCCCACAAGAUCGAUUUCACUGGAGUUGAGGAGCCGUCUGUUUGUUCAGCCGCCACACCGUUCUCUGAUCCGCCGAUCGUCGGCCACUGGCCCACCGUGCGGAUACUACCUUGGCUCCCGUAGCAUAAGUAGACAAGCACAGUGUCUGCCCGUUCUUGCUUCUCGAACAGUUGUAUCUCUUCCUUGCUCAUUCAUUGGCAUCACUCAUUGAGGCUGGUCCGCGGGUAACUUCAGAUCCAUUAGCUAAAUGUAUAGAUUUCUUUGAUAGAUCUGUAUAACUUGCAGAAGUAGCGCACCUCAAUUUCCACUGUCAUACGCUGCCACUUACCAUCGCCGCCCUGUCAUCCAACGCCAUCAGUUUCUGCUGCUACUUUGUGCGAAGGAAUAACUGUUGAUCGACUCAAGCUUCUUGACUGUGAGGUUGGCUUUGUUGGUUCUCCAAUGGUGAGCAGCGAGGAGUUGAAGAAAGCUCAGAUUGUUGAGGCUCGUGCGAAGAGCAUUUUCCCUAAUGUUAGGUGCACUGAAUGUGGCAGUCAAUCCAUUGAGGAUUCACAGGCAGAUGUUGCUAUUUUGCUCAGAAAGCUCAUCCGGGAUGAAAUCCGAGAAGGUAAAACUGACAAGGAGGUGUACAAAAGUCUAGCGGAAAGGUUCGGCGAGGAUGUACUUUAUGCUCCUCAUUUCGAUCUACAAACUGCUGCUAUAUGGUUGUCGCCGGUCAUUGUUGCUGGGGUUGCAAUUGGUGGAUGGGCAUAUCGGAGGCGCAGGCAAAAUACCAAUGUCCACGUAAUGGCACUGAAUCUUGUUCGAGGUGUUCCGUUAACCCCUACAGAGAAGGAAACUAUGCUCGAACUACUAACACCACCUCCAUCUCCGAGAAGAAAGUGGUGGAGUUGAAGGCUUUGUUGUGCUUUCUAUGAUCCUUCACUCUUAGCUAAUCUAUAUACUUUCAUAGUGGACCUUUAUAAGAAGAGCAAACAAACAAAAUGCUGCAAAAGUUCCAAUUUUGUCACUGUUAUGUCGAAAUGUUUCUAGCUCAUGAAUGUUUAA